GACAAAAAUGACAAUUGCACAUGUCGAGUAACAUUUCGCCGGGCAUUCCAAUGCGGCGAAAUUCGAACAAGCGGGGCGCACUCCGGGUUUUAAUUUAAAACAUUUAUGAACGGAAUGAAAAUGACAGAAAAAAAGGCUCGAUUAAUUUAUGAACGAUAUUCGAGCGAUUAAUCACACAGAGCGUCUUUUGUGUGUAUUUUAUGAACGCACUCCUGCUCUGCUCGGCCAUCCCGAACCCAGCUUAAAACGAACUCAACCCUUGUCUUGACAGAGCGGUGUUGUCGGUUUGAGUAGUUUUCAUUAGAAGUUUUGUGAUGGUGUUUCUUGUGGAUUUUUGUAUGUCUUCUUUUAGGUAGAUCCGCACCCUGAGGAAAUUGUUCGGUACAAUUUGUUAUUGGGGGUCGGAUUCUUCGGGUUUUCUUGCUGCAAAGAUAUGUUUGGUCUUUGGAUAUUUGGGGUUUUUGAGUGUGACGUCACUGGUGGUCCUUGUGGAUUUGGUUGAUGGGAAAACUGGUUGACAUGGCAACGCGGUAUUGUUCCUUCUCUUUCGUGCUGCGUUCUGUCAAACUGAGCAAGCCAUUUCAUUUUCCGCAUUCUUCCUGGUGAAUUUUUGGAAUCAACAACCUCCAUUUUUCUCUGUGUUCACGGUUUUGAAUUUAAAAAUUGGUCUAGUGGCACAUGCUGAAUUUAGUUAAUAUUCGGCCCCGAUUGUGAGGAUUUUUGCUACGAACCAUAUUGUGGACGUUUGGCCGUUGGAUUGUGUCCCUGAGCGACGAUGAUUCUGGAUUUUUGAUGCCGGCCGGUUAGACGCCAUUUUUGGGAUUAUAAAUUAAAGACAAACCGUGACACAAAACUACUCGAUAACCCCACACUACAUCUAAAGCUGGAUUUAUACAGCAAAUAAAAUAAAAUAAAAUAACAAAUAAGAAAUAACAAAUAGAAAAUGCGAUGGCGUUUAUAGAGACAAAUAAAAUAAAAUAAGAAAUAAUUUUCGACCAAUGGAAAUAUAUGUUUUGCACAUGCCCCUGUCCAACCAGAUUUCAAAUUCAAAUUUGAUGUCGUUAACGUUAAGUGAGGUUAAGUUUUUGUUAUUUGAUUUUUAAAUUUUUGGAAAGCGGGAAGCCGGUUUUUCAAGUUUAUUGUUCUUUUUUUGUGUUUUGUGGAGUGCAAACGCCAAACAUGGAUGAUGGAUUAUUAAUUGAGCAAGUUGCAGGGUUUCCUGCUCUAUUCAAUAAAAACGAUUGCCGCUUUAAAAAUAAAACGGCCAGAGAGCAGGCAUGGCAAACCAUUGCCGAAAUUAUGGGUUGUUCUGGUAAAGUUUUAGUGAAGUUUUGAAAAGUACAAGCAAUUCAUUUUUUUUAUUUUAGUUGAAGACUGCAGCAAUAGGUGGGUUGUUUUAAGGGCGAAAUAUACCACUCUCAAAAAACAAAUCAGAGAAACCCCGUCUGGAUCCGCGGGGUUCUCAAUUUCCUGGCCACAUUAUGAGGCAAUGGGGUUCUUGGACCCAUUUUUGGUGACGAGAAGGACUAUAUCAAACAUUAAAUUGAAAUACCAGAACAUCUCUAAUCUAGAGUCUUCGGAGCAAGGGCAAAGACCAUCUUCAAUUUGGGACACAAUGUCCCAACUUGAAUUUUCAGAUGUUUCUGUGGGUGCUCCGGAGACUGAAGAUUCUGUGACUGAAGUCACUGAUGAGACAGACUUCUCACCCCCGCCAACUCCAGAUCCUAUUUCAAAGAGUGGAACUCCUACCACAUCACAUUCUCAACUAUCGACUACUUCGACUUCAUUCAGCUCAUUCAAUCAAAAAAUGGCAGCACUUAGGAGGCAGAAUACAAAAGGCAGGGGUGGUGCAAUGGGUGGUACCAAGCGGAAUGCGCAAGAAGCGAUGUGCCACAGCAUCACUUCAGCCAUAGGUGACUUCCAGAAGAGACAUCAGGCUUAUAGUGAAGGAAUCGAGAAUAUGGCCCCUUCAAGCUGGGCCAAAAGUCUUGCAGAAGACAUGCUGGUUUUGUCGCCAAGCCAAAGGAUCAUUUUCAAAAAAAAAUGUUACGACAUUUUGGCAGAAAUGGUACAAAACACACAGGAAUGAAAGACUUUUGGCCCUGCUUGAAAUGCCUUCAAAAUAUUAGGUAGUUUUAGUUUAGUUCUAUUAUUUAUUAUUUGAGAAUGUUGUAUUUGAUUUAUUGAAAUUUUAGGAAUGUUUUUUUUUUUGAGAUACAUUUAAAAUUUAAGUUAUUUAAAAAUGUUACAUUUAAUUAUGUUAUGUCAUGUAAAAUAGGUAGUUAUUUAUUCAAUAAACAAUUUUUUUUUUCUUUGAUACCAAACUGUUUUCAAAUUUCGUUUGCAUUUUUGUAGGAACAUGUUUCUGCAAAGCUAAGUACACCAUUUUGAGUUUUUUGAUAGUAUUUUAUUUCACGCACAAAAUAUACAAACUAAAAUAACCUAGUUCUCCUAAAUAGACCUAUAAUAAACCACCUAGGCCACAUACAAUAGUUAUUUGUGUAACCAGUUGGGAAAAGCACUACUGGAUUUUUGCAGAACAAGCGAAGCGAGUUUCGCAAAAGGAAGCGUUACGAAAAAUAGUGUUUUAUACAAUAUUUUUUCUGAUUUUGAUUUUUUUAAGGAGCAUCUCCAAACUAUGGUUACAAACAUUAUGAAUGAUUUGUAGUAGGAACUUGUAUCAAAAAUUAAUAUAGCUAUUUAUUAUUUAUGUAACAAGUUGUAAAAUGAGCGUGUUUUUUUUUGCACUAAAUGUGAGGAUUGUGUGCAAAAAACCAGCCAUUUUGCGACGUGUUUCAUACAAGAUUUUUUGUGAUUCAUUCAAAAUAUUUAAAAUUCAGAAUAUAAACGCAUUUUAAUACUGACACGGAACACUCUAAAUCCCAUUUUAACACUCAGUGAUGAGAUGAGAUCUCAUUUCAACACUGUUGUAUUAGAUCACACUGCUUAUUUUGGCGUUUAUGUUGAAAUGAACCACUUUUGACAACUAAAAUAAAUGUCAAAAAGAUGCCAUUUCGUAACUGAAUUACAAAAUAGGGCCGGGUUCAGAAAUAACGCACAGGGUGCGAGUGCGAUUUUAUGGGUGUGCCUGAAUUGACAAUUGGCCAUUGGGCCUUAUAGCACCGUUCAGCAUUUUUGAACAGCUAGGGCGUCGCACCGGUGUCACACUCACACUGGGUGUGUCAUUCCUGAACUCGCCCCAGCUAAAUUCUAUAUUUUUUUUAAAGGUAAAAGUCAAAAUGACAUUAAAGUGCGUUUUUUUUUUAAGAUAAAAGUCAAACU